AUGAGUGCAAUCGAUUAUACUGAAAUUCGACAGAAAUUUGCUUCGCUCGUGAAUCAGACGUGUACUAAUAAGGUGAAUCGUCGUUUAUCUGCACUUUUGGAUGAUAUAUACAAUGACUUAGAAAAUAACAUGUUGUUACGAACGAAUCUCGAUAUUCUUAACGAACUUUCAAGUACACUAAUGGCAGCCCAUAGGGAACAAUGGCUUCAUCAACCACAACUUUUGGGACAUCCGAUCUUUAUCAUUUUGAGGGAUUGCUUGAUCGAUAUUCUGUUUGAUGAAAAACAAGUUGAAUUAGUGGCACGAUUAUCUACACUUCUGCACCAUGUUUGUCACGCUACUGCUGUAAAAGAUGAAAUGGUUCGUUUAAUGAUAUGCAAACCUCUGAUUGAUAAGCUGAACUUUUUUAUCAUUGAAUUCGAACAAUAUCGCGGCCCACCAAAGCAACUUGAAUCUAUGAAUCGUUUACUUCGAAUAUUUACACUAAUUCAAACGAUGCGAAUCGAUCUUUAUGAAGAUUCUCUUUUAGAACUUCUGUUUCUUAAUGUGUCUAAGUGUAUCAGUUCGACAUUUUUUAUGGCUCAACUUUCCAGUGUGCCGCAAUCCAUGAGUGAUCUGGAAUCAAUCCAAACAUUUUUAUUCGACAGUUGUAUCGAGUUUAUGUAUUGGCAACCAUAUGAAGAAAGUUUGUUGCGAAGACAAACUUUGGGGCAGAUUUGUGGAAUACUUCUACCUGUCAUAGUACGUCUAAUGUCCUUGUUAUCUUUCUCAGAGCCCAUUAUGCGCAUUGCUAAUCUACUCAGCAUUCAUAUAAUGGUUCCAGAAAGCUACACAGAUGAUAAAGUUCUUCACCAAGAUUACUUUGCGCUCUUGAAACAUUGUAUAUCAAUGAUUGACGUUGAAACUGUUCGAUCGAAAGAAAGAUUGCUUCUAGAAUGCAUAUGUCACCUUACGAAUCAUUCCGAUUUACUCGCUUUCAUGAUAGAAUUUGACUCUUUGAAACCAACUCUGCUAAAAAUAAGUGAUAUGGAUGAUUGUGAAAUAUCUCUAAACUCCUACCGCAUUCUAGCAUUGAUUAUGUGCGAAGAUGAUAUUAAAGCACUAAAGAACGCGAACAAAAUUGUUGGGAUCUAUUACUUGUACUUCAUUAGUAUGAUGGAAGAUCCAGUUCAAAGAACAGCUUUUCAAAGUCUUCUUCAGAGCUUGAAGAACUUCGUACAACAUGACCAAGUGAAAGUAGAAGUGUUGCAACAAAAUAUCAUACCUCUGCUCAUUCGAUGUGUCACCGAAAGGCAGAGCUUUCAAUCGAUGAAAACUCUACAAUAUGCGAUAGAAAUUCUUAUAGCGCUAUCUUUCAAUGACGAGGCUUCGAAUAUUCUUGAAAAAGACUCCGAGCUAAUAAAGUGCCUCGAAACACUAAAAACAUCACAUGAAGAAACAAUCCAACGGGCAACAAAUCAUUUGAUUUGGCGGCUAGAACAAAAGCACAACAUUCCAAAUGGAAGUGCACCUCACGUCACCUCCAAAUCGAAGUACGAUAUUAUGAUUAGCUAUUCUCACAACGAUAAAAAGCUUUGCUUCCAAGUUUGUGAUUUUCUUGAAAAAGAUGGAUUUCGUGUAUGGCUCGAUCGUGACCGAAUGCAUGGAGAUGUAAUAGUUGCUAUGGCUGAUGCUAUCGAAAAUUCUGAGUUCAUCAUUAUCUGCAUGUCGGAAACCUACAAAGCAAGUCCAUAUUGUCAAGCUGAAGCCAACUAUGCAUUUCAAAGACAAUCCAAACUAUUGCCACUCGUCAUGAAACCAAAAUACAAACCUGAUGGCUGGUUAGGCUUUAUUAUGAGUGGAAAGAUUUAUGUAGAUUUUACCAAGCAUGAAUUUAAUGAAGCCUAUUUGUUACUGAAACAUGAAAUUGAAAACAAGCGGCAAGUUACAAUGAACCAAACAAAGAAAAUGGAAGUCACUCAUGAACCAAUAUUGCCCAUUUCCUUGCCGAUCAAGGUGUAUCAACGGCAAGCGCGGGUGUAUCAGCAGCAAGCACGGGCAGAUUUGCCACAAUUUGUCAAUAAGUGGUCGGAAGAGCAUGUACGUUGCUUCCUUGGAGAAAAUAAUUUAACUUCACUUUUCAUUGUAUUCGAUAAUUUCAAUGGACAUCUCUUAUAUCAAGCCUAUUUAAUGUGUGAAAAAAACCGAGAACUAAUGUUUCAAGCAAUGCGUGAAGAAGUCAGUGCAUCUGGAAACUCAUCGAUACUGACAUUGGGUACCUAUCUUCAGUUUCUUGAAGAAUUGAAAAAAUAUAUUCCGAUUAAUACUACGAAGUUAUCGCAACAGUUAACAUCAUCAGUCUGUUGCAUCAUGUAA